AUGCGGUCUUUACCUCCUCCGAGAGUCACUCGGUCCAGACGAUGGAAGAGAAUCAGAAAGGCCAUUGCAUCCUUUUUCAAACGUGGACGUAUUAGUGACAAAGGUGCCUUUGUUUCCAGUUCUAAAGUCAAUUUAAAUUCAUCCAUUUCCACUAUAAAGAAAUCAAGAAUUACAUCACGAAUACGUAAGGCUAAUUUUACUGAUGGAGUAGGCUUAAUUGAUGGCGCCAAUGCCGGCUUGAAAACCGCCAGUAUGUUUGGUAAACUAAUCAAGAGAGCAUCAUUCCCAGCCAUGACUAGGAAAUCAUCUAAGAUCAAUAUGACUGUUAGGUUUUAA